AUAUAUAUAUAUUGUGGGAACUCGCUUCAAAUGGUAGAGCUCUUCUUGUUAAUGCACACAGCAACUCGCUUCUUUAAGGGCUUUUUUGCCCACUUUUAUUUAAAGAAAAAAGUUCAAAUAACACAAAUGCUUCCCACGCAGGGGUAUCCACCAUCAAGAAAUACCAACAAAGAUUCAGCCUCCUGGCUUGUACACAGUUUUCACUGUCUGUCUCCUGCAGACUCUUCCCAAAUUAUGGCCACUAGCACACAGCUAGUCUGGCUUUCACCUGACUCCAAGGCAGAGACCUCCUGUCUGCCGGGGUGGAGCCCUCCUGACUCCGUUUGCCAGGGUCGAGCCCAGAACUAUGGUUAG